GUUUGCAUUUUUUAGAAGCUAAAGUAAAGAGAAAGCCAGAUCAUGAUAUCAGAAGACGGUGAAGAAAAACAAAGUAGUAGAGUUCGGCUUUUCGGCUUGUACUUGUGGAUUAUGUUAUCAGCUGAACAUAUUUUAAUUAGUCUUUAGGGCCCGACGUCUCGUUUCGUCGCAGUUGGAUCGGAAUUGAGCAGUAUGAGUCGUGAAAGACGUACGAGGUCGUCAGCUUCGGGGAUGGGUGCAGCCACCGCUGCGAAAUGCGAACCUUUGCCACCAAGUCCAAUGAAAUCAGUAGAACGUUCGGAUUCAUCAACUCUCGGUGCAGCUGAUUUACCAACCAGUCCUUCGAGGCCACUGCGUGUCGGCCCAUCUGAGCGUGGUCUGAAAAGAAAACCUGCGAGUGUUACUGAAGGAGAUGACCAAGGUGGAGAUAUUCAAACUGGAUUUAAAAAGAAAUUAGAUAGAGGAAGAUCAGAAAAUCGUUCACCCAGCAGCGUAUCCUCUCCUCGCAAAUCGCCGCGAAAGCUGGGAGGUGCGUGUGGGAGCGUAUCCCGCUCUCCGUCGAAGACGAGUCCUGUGCCAGCCAUCAAUACCACGCUUACCUUGGCAGCAGUAGAUUUAGAUGUAGGUGAAGCCAAUGCGAGCAGUGUGGAGUCCCUGCCUUCUCCACCUAGUCCAGCUUCUCAACUUAACAUGUUUCACUCGGAAUGUUCAUCGCCCGAGGCCGUGCCUGACCUGCCACCGCUCACACCUCCCAAGCCUGCAUCUGGAAUCUCCCCAGUGAAGGAGACUUCGCCAAUGAAGUCAGAUUCAUGCUUAGUUGGUGAUGUUGUUUGGGCGCGUGUGCCAACCUAUCCAUGGUGGCCAGCCAUGCUCAGCUACGACCCCAAUCUUGGACAAUACCGUGAUACCAAAAACCGCCUGCACGUGCAGUUCUUUGGAGAACGGGUAGAGCGUGCGUGGAUUGCGUCCACGUCUACACAACCAUUUCAUGCCCAUGAGCAGCUAAUGACAUUCAAAGAUGCCUGCCCAGUGAAGAGGAGACGCUCCGUUGGUAUUCAGCGUUCGUGGAGUCUGGCUCUGCGCCAAGCCACUGAGGCGGUGCAAAUGGACAGGUUUGCACGGCGAGAUAAGUUCACUGUGAACUACGAUGCCACACGGCAACGUACCAAACCAUCUUCCUCUCUUGCAUCUCCAUUGGUUUCUCAGACACCGUGUGAGGUCACCCCUGAUGGCUCCGUCCAAGACCCGCAUGCUAAGAAACGCACUCACAACACUCCAUCACCAAAGAAGUCCCAGAAUCCUGCGAGCGCUAAUGGUUUUCGUACGGGUGUGUGUUCCGCGAAAAAGCCACGUAGCCGUUCGAGCAGCGCUGUGCUUUCUGCCCUGUCGCACGGCCGCAAUGGAUCAUCUGGACCUGAUGGAACACCGGUGAAGAGGUCUCGGAAAUCCACUGCCAGUGAUGUGCAAGAGCGUACUCCCAGGCGGCGUCCUCAGUCGCACUCCUCCAGUAGCAAAGCCGACCUGCCUGCCUCACCAUCCUCGGUAUCUGACGUAGCAGCGGACUACUCCGCCGACCCGAGCCUCUCAGCUGGCGGUGGUGGCAAAGACGGCAAAAAAGCGCGCCGUUCGGUCGGCAAGUAUUGGCUGCACGAGCUGCGUGUAUGUCCGGUGUGUGAGCGCGACACGGUCGGGUCGGACGAUGUCGUCGCCUGCACCGGCGCUGGUUGCGGCAGUAAGUUUCACUUGGCGUGUCUCGGCAUGUGCACGUUGCCGGCGGAUUUCAAUUGCGACGAAUGCACACUGGGCGUGAUGUCCUGCGGUGUGUGUCGCACCAACACUGGAGAGUUGAAGACGUGUGCAUCAGCCGGCUGCUUGAAGAAGUACCAUGCAGAUUGCCUGCGCGGCUUCCCCGCUGUCAAGUGGCCGAGCAAGAACCGGUUUAUUUGCCCGCUUCAUACAUGCGGCACGUGCAACGGAAACACCGGCCGCAUGGACAGGUGUGCGCGCUGCCCGGCCGUGUUCCACUCCACCCAGGAGUGCCUGCAGGCCGGCUAUCGGCGCCUGAACGAGACCAGCAUCAUCUGCUUGCGACACCAGGCCGUGCUGCCGCCCGUGCACCUUCAGUACUGCUACGAGUGCGGCCACACGGGCACUGAGCGUCUCAACUGUGCUUACUGCCCGCAGUCCAUCGAGCCAGGCUGUCUCAGCCCGGCGGCCAGUGCUGCCGUCGCCGCUGCCAGCAGAGCGUCUUCUACUGACUGUGCUGCCACUACUGGAGCUGCUAGUGGCGCUGCUACGGCACCUGCGCCACUUCUCAACUCUAGUGCCGAGGAAGAGGAAGACAACACACCGCCUCCGGAACCAGACCAAGUGCUGCAACAGCAAACCACUCCUAAGAAGUCGGCGACAAAGCAGAUGGGUCCGACAUGGGUAUGUUCAGAUUGUAAAUCGGGCAGCAGUCUGCACUUCAACGACAUUGUGCAUUGCAAGAUCGGAAAGUAUAGAUGGUGGCCUGCGAAGAUUGUGGACGAAGAAGAAAUCCCAGAGAACUUGCAGCAUAAACAGCCGGGCGUUGGCCAUUUCCUCGUAUACUUCUAUGGCAGCGCUGACUACUCUUGGACACACAAGGGACGUACAAUUCCGUUCAAUGGCAAACACGACAUGCCGCGAAAAGGAGGUGUCAAGAGCGAUGCCUAUGCAGAAGGAUUUGCCAUGGCAAGGGAGGAAUGGGCGAACCGUGAGAAGAAGAUGAAGCCCUACGAGCAUAUCAAGACCAACGUUGCCAGCACAGCGGUGAUGGACGCCGGUUUGUAUCGCAAGCAGAAAGUUCCCGCCUGCAUGUGCACCGCCGAGAACCCGUGCAGCGAGAGUUCGGGUUGCCUCAACUACGUGGCUCACUACGAGUGCGAUCGUUCCACUUGCCCGGUCGGCGAUGCCUGCAAAAACCGCCGCCUGCAGCAGCGCAAGGGCAGGCGAAUGAAGAUCAUCUCUGAAGGCGAGAAGGGCUAUGGUGUGCGUUGCGAGGAGGAAAUCAAGGCCGGCGAGUUUGUGAUUGAGUACACUGGUGAAGUGAUGCUGGAAGAAGAGUUCCGUAAACGUCUGUCGGCAUUCCUCGAUGAAGGAGAGGAUGCAUGCUUCUACUUCAUGAGACUCGGCAGUGGUCUGUUCCUGGAUGCAGGUCUGAAGGGUAACAAUGCACGCUUCAUCAACCACAGCUGCUCACCCAAUCUCUAUACAGAGCAAUGGGUUGUUCAAGGCCGCUCACGCAUUGGCUUGUUUGCUCUGAAGGACAUCCACAAAGGUGAUGAGUUAUCGUUCGACUAUCAGUUGGACUGCUGUGGUGUUGAUCGCUUCACGAAAUGCCUGUGUGGGGCGCCAAACUGCAGUGGCUACCUCGGCAUUCGGCCCAAGAACAGCAAGCCUGACAAGCCGCUGGAAAAGAAGAAGAAGAAACCCAAGAAAGCGAGAAAGCCGAGGAAACGCUCUGCCAGCGAAUGGGAAGACGAAUGCUUUGAGUGCUCUGAGGAGACUGGGGAUUUGGUGAUGUGUGACUACCCGAAAUGCCCUAAGGUUUACCACUUGAAAUGCCUCCAUGUGGACAAAGUGCCCAACGGAGCAUGGUGGUGUCCGUACCACGUGUGCGACAUCUGCGCAACGAAAGCCGUCGAGUUCUGCAGCUUCUGCUCCUCGUCCUGCUGUGUCAAACAUCCAGAGGUGCUGCGCGUCUGUGACACAGACAUGGUUUGCAGUCGACACGAUGAGUUUCAGCUGUUGAAGGCUCGUGAACGCAAGCCUUAGUAGAUCGCGUGAAGCCACGUGGCGGCAAGUCGUAAUGGUAAUUGCGUAUUCACGAAUGUCCUGGGCUGGUGCUUGGGAUUGCUACCACUAGUCCGGCGUUUCCCUGCUGCACAUACAUGUCCGCUGGCUGCAGCCACCUACAAAUGUAAUGCUCUCUUUCCUGCCUCUUGACGACGGAAGCGCUAUUGCUCACCUGGCGUUACCCUGCAGGAAUACCUAUGCAGUGAACUAGAUAUGACACAAUGAAUCAAGUCCCUUCCUCAGCCAGCUUUCCAUUCUGGUUUCCAAUGUUUUGUCCCCAUUUUUGAUUGUUUUUUUGCCUUUUUGUACAUUCCUUCCGCAUUUUUUCUACUCGGCUUCAUUACUGAUGAUGGUAUUCAGCAGGUCCCCCGUAUACAUUGAUAACUGGCUCAGGUUCCUUUCUCCGAUUGAGUUCACAUCUUUCUUGUGUCGCACAUUUAGUUUAAUAUGGCUGCAGCAGCGCAGUUUGGUACGAGAACCCCCUGUUCUUUGCACCUGCCAUAUCUAAUCCUAGUGCACGGCGCACCGGAGCCUGUAGCGGGAUACCCGUACGUAACUCAUUGUCUUUACUCGCUCCCUUGCAUCUCCCGCUCCCUCUCAUAACAUUCUAGCAUAUGUAGUCCGCCUAGUCAGUAUCUUUUUUUUUCUUCCUUCGUUGUAGCUUAUGCUGUUGUAGAGAUUCUGUUGGCACCUUUUCGCGCAGGGUCAUGUUCACUUUUUAUGUUGCCGUAGAAAACGCAUGGUAGACUAGCUGUAUACCUGCCUCACAGAUCCUUGGAGAUAUUUGCAGGUUUGGCUUUUUUUGCAGCCAUGCAGCUCUUCUGCUGCAGCUAGCUGGGUCCUCUUGUCUCCCACUGGUACAAAUUAUCUUGAGGAGCCUCCAGAAUUCUUCUGAUACAGUGUUUUAGAAGUUUUUUUACGCCCACUCCGAACUGGACAUAUUGCAUAUCUGUGUGUUCGUGUA